AUGAAAUCUCUAAAAAUUAACAAUCAAUUUAUCGUAUCUCGUAAAUUAGCAGCUGGCAGUUUUGGAUUUGUCAUGCUGGCCUAUGAUUAGAAGUCUGGAUAACACGUUGCUAUUAAAUUUGAAAAGCCUGAGAAUCAGCAUCAUCAUUCUUUAGAAAAAGAAAUAGACAUCAUAAGAAAAUUAGAGGGAGUUUAAGGAGUACCCUAACUAAUUUAUGCUGGACAAGAAGACGAUUUCAAUGUCCUCGUCUUAUAGCUAUUAUCAAAAGAUUUAUCAACUUUGAUAAAAAAAUAUAAACAAUUUAGUUUAAAAACUACAUUACAAAUAGCUAUUAAUUUGGUGCAGGUCUUUUAAGACAUACAUUAGAAAGGAGUAUUACACAGAGAUCUCAAACCUGAAAAUAUUAUGAUAGAUGAAAACAACAAGUUCUAUUUAAUUGAUUUUGGAAUUAGUAAAAUUUAUCUCAAAAAAAAUGGAUCAAUUUAGUAUAAAAUUGUUAUAUUUAGACCUUUCAAAGAUCGACAACCAUUUAUUGGCACAUCUCGAUAUGCAUCAAUAGCAGCCCAUAAAGGUAAUGAAUUAGGAAGGAAAGACGACCUGGAGUCCAUGUUCUAUGUGUUGCUCUUCUUUAUUUAUGGGUAUAUAUAUUAAUUAUGUCUCAGUAAAUUGCCUUGGCAGAAUAUCAAACAACUUCAUAAUGAUUUAAAAAUUGAAUAGGUUGGGGAAAUGAAACUUUUGAGAACGAGUGAACUAUUAAACGAGCUUCCAGUUGAAUUUAAAAAAAUUUAUGAGUAAUUUUACAAUAAUAAAUUAUUAAGUUACUUAAGAAAAUUGACUUAUGCAACAGAACCAGACUAUAAGUCAAUUAUAAAACUAUUUUAAUAGGCAGCCAAAAAUUCAAAAAUUACAUUAGAUACCGUUUAUGAUUGGGACAUAUAAAACACAACCUAGACUGGAAAUUUUUCUCAUUUUGGAACCAUAUAAUUUGAGGAUAAUUUAUAAUCUGAUAAGUAAUCUUCUAAGUAAAUUAUGUACAAAAUAAUGUUAAAAUUUUAAGGCAUCUAAAUACUCAAUCUGCAAGUCCUGUUAAACGGAGAACUGCUGGUCCUUCAUUAAUGAAACAACAUUAGCCUUUUCUAUAGAUCAUAAAAGAUCAAAAGAGCAGAGGGAGUAGUAAUAGUCCUUUAAGUAAAAUUGACGGGCUGAACCAAAUUUCAAUAGAUGAAAUAAGCGAAGAUUCAGAAUAUGUUAUACCUAAUGAAUGUGAACAUAAUCGUAAUAUUCGAGUUAGAACUAUGCCAGAUGAAUUAAAAAAACCUAAAUUAAAACCUUUCUAAAACCAAACAUUAUGUUUCGAUGAUGAAUGGUUAAUAGAAUCUGAUAAAAAUUUAGUAGAUAAUUAUAAGAAUUUAGAAUCUAUAAGUUAUUAAAUUACUACUAUAUUUCAAAAUAAAUUAAAAUGA